GAGGAGGAGGCGGGAGCCGUGUCGCACGCAGCUCCAGGAGGGGCAGCCCCGGCGGCUGAGGGACGCAGCCAGACCUCGGCGGGACGGGGUUUAACCGGGGCCCGGGCUCAGCGAUCAGGUGGAGACGUCGCCCGAGCCCUUUAGGCACCAGGGAAAUGCGGGUUUGCCUGCAAUGAGAUUUCAUUCUCUACAUUUAAAGGACAUCCUUUCUGAGCUGCUGUGAAUAAAUUUGGAAUGAUACUGUAUAUUUUCAUCUAAUGGAGAAUUAGCUGUACCUUGCAUAAGGAUUGCUACACUGGACGACUUCAGAAUAUUACUCACAAUGUCAUCAAACAGGAGUCAGAAUCCCCAUGGACUGAAGCAGAUUGGCCUUGACCAGAUAUGGGACGACCUCAGAGCUGGAAUCCAGCAAGUAUAUACCAGACAAAGUAUGGCAAAAUCCAGAUACAUGGAACUCUACACUCAUGUUUAUAACUACUGCACAAGUGUUCACCAGUCAAACCAAGCCCGAGGGGCUGGCGUCCCUCCUUCCAAAUCGAAAAAGGGACAGACGCCUGGGGGAGCUCAGUUUGUUGGCUUGGAAUUAUACAAACGGCUUAAAGAAUUUUUGAAGAAUUACUUGACGAAUCUUCUUAAGAUGUGGUCAGGUUUUCACGCGGCUUGCUGGAUCACUUGUGUACCGCCUAUGUGUGGAACUUCGCUUCUUACUCUGGUUGAAGACUCGGAGGACGGAGAAGAUUUGAUGGAUGAGAGUGUACUGAAGUUCUACACUCAACAAUGGGAGGAUUAUCGAUUUUCCAGCAAAGUGCUGAAUGGAAUUUGUGCCUACCUCAACAGACAUUGGGUUCGCCGUGAGUGUGACGAGGGACGAAAAGGAAUCUAUGAGAUCUAUUCUCUUGCAUUGGUGACUUGGAGAGAUUGUCUGUUCAGGCCACUGAAUAAACAGGUAACGAAUGCUGUUUUAAAACUAAUUGAAAAGGAAAGAAACGGUGAAACCAUCAAUACAAGACUGAUAAGUGGAGUUGUACAGUCUUAUGUGGAAUUGGGGCUGAAUGAAGACGAUGCAUUUGCCAAGGGCCCUACGCUGACCGUGUAUAAAGAGUCCUUUGAAUCUCAGUUUUUGGCUGACACGGAGAGAUUCUAUACCAGGGAGAGCACUGAAUUCUUGCAGCAGAACCCAGUUACUGAGUAUAUGAAAAAGGCAGAGGCUCGACUGCUCGAGGAACAGCGGAGAGUCCAGGUCUACCUUCAUGAAAGCACACAGGAUGAACUGGCCAGGAAGUGUGAGCAAGUGCUCAUUGAAAAACACUUGGAAAUUUUCCACACAGAAUUCCAGAAUUUGUUGGAUGCUGACAAAAAUGAAGAUUUGGGUCGCAUGUAUAAUCUUGUGUCUAGAAUCCAGGAUGGCCUAGGAGAAUUGAAAAAACUUCUAGAGACACACAUUCAUAAUCAGGGUCUUGCAGCAAUUGAAAAGUGUGGAGAAGCUGCUUUAAAUGACCCCAAAAUGUACGUACAGACGGUGUUGGAUGUUCAUAAGAAAUACAACGCGCUGGUGAUGUCGGCGUUCAACAACGACGCUGGUUUCGUGGCCGCGCUCGACAAGGCCUGUGGGCGCUUCAUUAACAACAACGCGGUUACCAAAAUGGCCCAGUCGUCCAGCAAAUCCCCCGAGUUGCUGGCUCGAUACUGCGACUCCUUGUUGAAGAAAAGUUCCAAGAACCCAGAAGAAGCUGAGCUAGAAGACACGCUCAACCAAGUGAUGGUGGUCUUCAAGUAUAUAGAGGAUAAAGACGUGUUUCAGAAAUUCUAUGCGAAGAUGCUGGCCAAGAGACUCGUGCAUCAGAACAGUGCCAGCGACGACGCCGAAGCAAGCAUGAUCUCGAAGUUAAAGCAAGCUUGUGGGUUUGAAUACACCUCUAAACUGCAGCGGAUGUUUCAAGACAUUGGCGUGAGCAAAGAUUUGAAUGAGCAGUUCAAAAAGCACCUGACGAACUCAGAACCGCUGGACUUGGAUUUCAGUAUUCAAGUGCUGAGCUCCGGGUCGUGGCCCUUCCAGCAAUCUUGCACGUUUGCCUUGCCGUCGGAGUUGGAGCGUAGUUACCAGCGAUUCACGGCUUUCUACGCCAGCCGUCACAGCGGCAGGAAAUUGACUUGGUUGUAUCAGCUGUCCAAAGGAGAACUGGUAACCAACUGCUUCAAAAACAGAUACACGCUGCAGGCAUCCACCUUCCAGAUGGCGAUCCUGCUUCAGUACAACACGGAAGACGCCUACGCUGUGCAGCAGUUGACCGACAGCACUCAGAUCAAAAUGGACAUUUUGGCACAAGUCCUACAGAUUUUAUUGAAGUCGAAGCUACUGGUCCUGGAAGACGAAAAUGCCAAUGUUGAUGAGGUGGAAUUGAAGCCAGAUACCUUAAUAAAAUUAUAUCUCGGUUAUAAAAAUAAGAAGUUAAGGGUUAACAUCAACGUGCCGAUGAAAACCGAACAGAAGCAGGAGCAAGAAACCACACACAAAAAUAUCGAGGAAGACCGCAAACUGCUGAUUCAGGCGGCCAUCGUGAGGAUCAUGAAGAUGAGGAAGGUCCUCAAGCACCAGCAGCUGCUUGGAGAAGUUCUCACUCAGCUGUCCUCGAGAUUCAAACCGCGGGUCCCAGUGAUUAAGAAAUGCAUUGACAUUCUGAUCGAGAAAGAAUAUUUGGAGCGAGUUGACGGUGAAAAGGACACCUACAGUUACUUGGCUUAACCCUUCUAGAAGGGUCUGACUGUGCGACCCACAGCAAAUAGUUCCUGGUGGAGAGAACAACUCAAGUUCAUAGCAGCCAGCCUGCCACCAUCUGGACCUCCCUUUUUAAAACUGAGACCGAGACUCCCCAGCAGCUGGUCUCAGGUGUACAUCAGAACUGCUCAGGAUUGAUACAUUUCAAGUCUGUAAAUAUGGACGCCAACGCCAUUUAACCUAAUUUAAGAACAGAGGGGACUCGAGGCUCCCCUGCUGAGGGCUGCAUGCUACUGCAUUUAAAUCAAUCCAUCGGCUACGGGGUUAACCGCUGUCGUCCUUGGCAGCUUUACAGCGUUGGCAGCACUUUGAGAGCAAGGCUAAUGGACCCACGUGUAAUCUGCUAUGAAAAACCAUUUGUAUAGUGUGUUUCAUUUUUUAAUGUGUGAAAAUAAAGAAAAUUAAAGGAUUUCUGUACAAGUCG